AUGUCCGAACAACUCACACUCCCAUCGGUUACGGGAUCUUCUACCAAAGUCAUCAAUAUUCUUCUCAUAAACCCCAAUGGCACAUCCUCCAUGACAGAGGCAUGCUUACGGUCACUCGAAAGCACUCUAUCACCUCACUGCACCGUCACCGGCUUCACAUCUCCGCAUCCCACUCCGUCGGCCAUAGAAGGCCAUCUGGAUGGAGUUCUAUCAGCAGCUGCAGCUAUACGUGGCGUAGUACCCAUUGCCUCCAGCUAUGAUGCAUUCCUGGUUGCAUGCUUCAGUGCCCAUCCUCUCAUCAACGCACUUCGGGAAGAGCUUUCGGGUCCCGUGAUUGGGAUCAUGGAAGCUUCCCUCUACGCAGCUCGGAUGCUUGGUGGGCGACUGGGUGUUGUUGCAACUGGUGGGAGGAGCAGGAUCAUGCAUGAAGACGCUAUCAGGUAUUACGGUUUUGAGGGCUUCUCUGUUGGGUGUGAGGCGACGAACUUGGGAGUUCUGGAGUUGGAGAGCUUGCCCAGGGAUAAAGUCUUGGGAUUACUUGGAGAAGCUGCAAAAAGACUUGUGUAUGAAAAAGGAGCGGAUUGCAUUGCUCUAGGCUGUGCAGGAAUGACUGAUAUGAAGAUUAAGUGUGAGGAGGCUGUUGGUGCGAAAGAUGCAACAGCGCAAGUUAUCGACGGGGUUGGAGUUGGGGUGCAACUCUUGAUAGGAUUGGUAAGGGAGGGACAUGUUACUGCGAAAGGAGGUAUUUACAGGAGUGCUCAAGAAGGGAGAAAAGCGAGAGGUCAAGACUGGCUGUAA